CAUUGUAAACAUCCCCACUAUUCCCUUAAGGCUUAAAUCGCCAACUAAAAACUUUACCAAACAAAACUCUUCUCCCCACCACCCGAAAAUGACGAAAACACCCCUGUCUAUCGCCGCCGUGCUCCUCCUCCUUCUCGCCCUCCUCUCCCCCACCACCGCCGAGAUCAAAAACCUGAAAAUCAUCUCCGAUGCCCGACCCAUGAUCCUCUUCGAGAAAUUCGGGUUCACCCACACCGGCUUCGUAUCCGUGUCCGUCUCCUCCGUCUCCGUCGCCUCCACCCUCUCCCAACCCGACCCGUCUCGUCUCGGAUUCUUCUUAUUAUCCGAAGAAUCCCUAAUUCAAGUCCUCUUAGAGCUCCAACAAAACCCUAAUUUCUGCGUGGUCGAUUCACACUACAUCAAUCUCCUCUUCACGUUCCGCGAUCUCUCGCCGCCGCCUCACUCGUCGUUCAACAAGUCGUAUCCGGUGACUUCCCCCAAUGAGUACAGCUUGUUUUUCGCCAAUUGCGCGCCGGAGAGCCAGGUCACCAUGGAGGUGCGCACGGAGGUUUAUAAUUACGAUAACGGAGGGACUACGAAGGAUUAUUUGCCUGCAGGUUUGACUCAGUUACCGGCAAUGUAUUUCAUGUUUUCUCUUGUUUAUAUCGGUUUUCUCGUGGUCUGGGCGUUUAGUUGUUACAAUAAUAAGCGAUCCGUGCAUCGUAUUCAUCUGUUGAUGGCGGGAUUACUUGUGAUGAAAGCGUUGAACUUGAUUUGUGCUGCGGAGGAUAAGCAUUAUGUGAAAGUCACCGGGACGCCUCACGGUUGGGAUGUUUUGUUUUAUAUUUUUCAGUUUAUCAGGGUUGUGUUGUUGUUUACGGUAAUUGUGUUGGUUGGGACGGGGUGGUCGUUUUUGAAGCCGUUUUUGCAAGAGAAGGAGAAGAAGGUUUUGAUGAUUGUGAUUCCGCUUCAGGUUUUGGCUAAUUUGGCUUCGGUUGUGAUUGGGGAGACUGGGCCGUUUAUUAAGGAUUGGGUUACGUGGAAUCAGGUGUUUUUAUUGGUUGAUAUUGUGUGUUGCUGCGCUAUUAUAUUUCCUAUUGUGUGGUCGAUUAGGUCAUUGAGGGAGACGUCAAAGACUGAUGGAAAGGCGGCAAGGAAUUUGGCAAAGCUGACGCUAUUUAGGCAAUUUUAUAUUGUGGUGAUUGGGUACUUGUACUUUACAAGGAUUGUUGUAUUUGCGCUUAGAACUAUUGCGGCGUAUAAGUACCAGUGGGUAUCGAAUGCGGCUGAGGAACUUGCGAGUCUUGCUUUCUAUUUGGUGAUGUUUUAUAUGUUUAGGCCAGUUGAGAAGAAUGAGUACUUUGUUCUUGACAAUGAGGAAGAAGAAGCAGCAGAAAUGGCUCUCCGUGAUGAAGAGUUUGAGCUUUGAUCUUUUAAGUUAGGUGGCUUAGCAUCUGGAUGCUCCUCCAUCUUCCUUCCACACGUCCUCUUGGUAACACACUGUGAAUUGUUUGCCAAUCUAUUGUAGCUAAUGAACAAUUUACAUUUUUUUUCCCUUUCUUUCCCUCUUUGUUAGUGUCACAAGAACUUCUGUAUGAAUGUAAUGUGUAAUAGUCAGUAUCUUUUCAAAUUUCAAUUAAUCUUCCAAUUUUUAACAUAAAUAGCUGUUUCUAGAACUUGUUUGUUAAGUUCUUUUUUGUUAAUCGCUAUUUAUUGUUUCGGUGUAAUUCUUUUUUCAGUUAUGUGAAAAAUUUAUCUUGCAAUUUUUAAA